AAUAGUUUACAACUGCUACUGAAACUGUUUACGGUCACCGAAACUGUGGGCUUGUGUUAAAUUCAGAUGACGUCACUUUGUAAUUUUCCAUGCAUCAGAGACAGGAAGAGUGAAGAUGAGAGACAUAUAAUAAGAGGACAAUAAGAUACAGAAUCAUUUGUGGAGGAGCAUUCGUGAAGAGGAGAGGCAGCAAACACCCAAAAAUGGUUCAGCCAUGCAUUUGUGUCAUCUUCUUUCUCUCAGUUAUAUGUGGUAUAGAGGCAUAUAUUCCUCAUCGAUAUCACUUUGUGAAUGAGAACAAAACAUGGAGUGAAGCUCAGAUUUACUGCAGACAGAAAUACACUGAUCUCGCCACCAUGAACAACAUGCAAGAGAUGAAGAAGCUGAAUCACACACUGAAGAAGGAAACUGCAGAGCGAGCUUGGAUCGGUCUACAGAGAGAGGGCACUGGGGAAUGGCAGUGGUCUCUGGCAGACCAAACUUUCUACAGAGACGGAGACACUUACAGAAACUGGAAUAAGGGAGAACCAAACAAUUGCAAGAAAAAUGAGUUCUGUGUUAUGAUGUCAGAAAGCAAUGGUUUCUGGUGUGAUGUCACGUGUAAUAGAGCAUUACCUUUUGUGUGUUAUGAAGGUAAGAACUUGCUAAUAGUUGUUAAGAAAAAUGCAAAAAAUGACACAAACACUAACAGAUACAAAUUGAUUAAAGAGGGAAAGACCUGGUAUGAUGCUCAGACCUACUGCAGAGAGAAACACAUUGACCUGGUCAGUGUGAGGAACCAAAAUGAGAAUGAGGAGAUCACAAAUAUGAUUAAAAAUGUGAAUGAAAAGGUUUGGAUCGGUCUGUUUAAUGACGCCUGGAAGUGGUCAGAUCAGAGUAAUUCCUCAUUCAGAUACUGGAGCUCUAACAAACCCAGUGGACGUUUGAACUGUACUGCAGUGUCUGUGUCUGAGCAACACUACUGGAGUGAUGUGAACUGCACAGAAAAGCUCCCAUUCAUCUGCCAUGAGAAUAAGCUAAUCCUGAUUAAGGUGAAUCUGACCUGGAAAGAAGCUCUGAGAUACUGCAGGAACCAUCAUUAUGACCUGGUGUCAGUGCGCACUGAGGAGAUGCAGCUCUGGGUGAAGGAAGUGGCUCGAAAUGCCUCCACUGAACACGUGUGGCUCGGCCUGCGUCACACCUGCGCUCUGGGCUUCUGGUACUGGGUGACUGGAGAGAUGAUCUGCUACCAGGACUGGGCCCCGGGGAAUGGGACAGGGUUCGAAGACUGCAGCAAUGAGGAGAGAACCGGAGCAGUGCAGUCUGGAGGAGAGCAGCAGUGGAUCAGCCUGCCUCAGAGCUACACACUCAACUUCAUCUGCUCUACCUAUGAAGGUUAGUCACAGUGUAUGCAUGUGAAUUCAUAAGCUUUCUCUCUAUAGCAAUUAAAAUCUUCAUCUUUUCUUUAUCUCUUUGAACAUGGAUAAUUUUUCAUUAAACAUAAAGCCUAAAGAUAUGAUGAGGACCAUCACCUGUACCCAAUAUCAGUAGAUUUACAGAACUGUUUAGUUUAUAUUUCUUAUAUAUAUCUUUACUGUAGUAUAUCUUCUUUAUCCAAUGUUUCAUCAUAUUUUAAUAUUCAGUAAAUUAAUCAGUACAUUCCACUGUGUAAACCUCACAGGAUGAAAUGAAGUCAUAUUACUUUUUUUUUACCUAUGAUAUUUUAUCUAUGAUGCAUUUUAUGGGUUUUAUGGAUAAUUAAAUAUGAUAAUAAUAUAUAUUUAAUUGAUUCUGAGUGUUUGGAAUUCACAUUUGCAGCGGAUAUAAAACAUUUACACCUCUCUUGAAAUUGAAGGCUUCUGUGAUGUGAAAAAUUAAACCUUAUUAAACCUUAAAUUAAACUUUAAUGAGACAUAGCAACCAACAAAAUUCAUGUGAAAAACAACAGAAAUAUUUUAAAAAAUGAAAAAGAAGAAAACCUGAAGAAAAAAGCUGGUUGCACAAGUGUGCCCACCCUUUAACUAAUACUUAGUUAUAGCACCUUUUGUUUGUAAUACAGCACUCAGUCUUUUUGGGUAAGAAUCUACCAACGUAGCACAUCUUGAUUUGGCAAUUUUAUUCCAAUAUUCCAUACAAAAAUGCUCCAGAUCUAUCAAAUUGCAAGUUGACAGGUUUUCAAUAGGAUUUAGAUCUCGGCUCUGACUUGGCCAGAUCUUCUUUUGAAGCCGUUCCUUUGUUGACUUGAAUUUGUGCUUUGGGUUGUUACUGUGCUGAAGGGUGACAUUUUUCUUUAUAUUCAGUUCUCUAACAGAAGCCUGCAAGUUUUGUGCCAAAAUAGAUUGGUGUUUGGAGCGUUUUCAGGAUGCUGCCACCACCAUGCUUCACAGAGGGCAUGGUGUUCUUUGGGUAAUAAGCUGUCUUGUUUUUGUGCCAAACAUAUCUCCUAGAAUUAUGUCCAAAAAAGUUCUACCUUGAUGUCUUCAGACCAUAACACAUUUGUCACAUGAUUUGGGGUGAUUUAGGUGGCUUGGAUGUUUUUCUGUGUGUUUGUUUGUUUGUUUGUUUUUUUCUGAGAAGGGGCUUCCAUCUAGUCACCCUACCCCAUAGCCCAGACAUGUGAAGAAUACAAGAGAUUGUUGUCAUAUGCAAGGUGACCAGUACUUGCCAGAUAUUGAUAAAUCAUAUAAUAAAGACAUCAAUUCAGGAAGUUUAUAACACCUAGCCCUGCAAACAAUGAUGUUAAAACGUUCAUUAUUCAGAAUUGUUAUGCAGGUGUCAAGUGGUAUAUUUCUUAUUGGUUUUUAUUUUGUUGAAUUCUCAUAUGUAUGUCUUUAUGCCUUUAUGCUGUGGAUAAAUAACUUAUUGUUAAGCUGUUUGUAUAAUCACAUGUUGAUUUGCUUCUUAAAGC